GGGGCGUCCGGGCCGGCUGGCGGCCGCGGGGCGCAUGCGCGCGCGUCUCCUCAGGCCGGCCGCUGCGCUCGGCGGCGCGGAAUAGAAUGAACUCUAACAAAACAAGCCGAGCCUUUGUAUCUACUUAAAGGGGCCGCGGGCACUUCUCUCCGGUCUUCUCCACCCCCGCCCCGGCACCGCGUCUCCCGGGCUCCCGGCAACUGACUGGAAGGGCUUCCUUCGCCUUCUGGAACAGCCCGUGCGUCCGCGAGGAGGAGAGGCGAGCCGGGCGAGAGACAGAGACGAGACGGCACAUUUCUAAAAGACAAGAAAAGGCAGGAAGGAGAAAGAGAGAGAAGCCAAGCGGCGCUGAGUGGACUCUGACCCGGGAGAGCCCGGGCCGGCGCCCGAUCGUGCCCGGAGAGUCACCGGCAUGCAAACAAAGCUGGCGGGCGCGCGUGCGGGGCUCGCGGGGAAGCCCGGAAAGUUUGUUGGGUGAUGGCUGGAGUGCGCGAGUGCGUGCAGGGGAAGCGAGCCUGCCAAGUUUCCCGCUCGCCUUUCGCUCCCUGAGGCGAGGAUGUGCCUCCCGUGAGCCCCGCAAGACGCCUCGGGACGGGGGGCUUGUGCUGCGGGGGGCACCUGUCUCCGGGUUUCCUCUCGUCCUUUAUUUACUGAUUUUGGGGGUUGGUUGGGGAGAGGGGGAGGAGAGGUGUAAGAAGUCAUCAUGUCGAAAGUGAUCCAGAAGAAGAACCACUGGACUAGCAGGGUUCACGAGUGCACCGUGAGGCGCGGACCCCAGGGCGAGUUGGGGGUGACGGUGCUGGGGGGCGCCGAGCACGGCGAGUUUCCGUACGUGGGAGCGGUGGCCCCGGCGGCAGUGGUGACUGAGGCGGCGGGGCUGCCGGGCAGCGGCGGCGGCGAGGGCCCGAGGCUGGGCGAAGGGGAGCUGCUUCUGGAGGUUCAGGGGGUCCGGGUGUCCGGCUUACCUCGCUAUGACGUGCUCGGAGUCCUCGACAGCUGCAAGGAGGCCGUCACCUUCAAAGCCGUCAGACAAGGAGGAAGGCUGAACAAGGAUCUGCGACAUUUUCUCAAUCAGCGAUUCCAGAAAGGGUCUCCAGACCAUGAACUCCAGCAGACCAUAAGGGAUAACCUUUACCGCCAUGCUGUGCCUUGCACGACCCGGUCUCCAAGAGAAGGGGAGGUACCUGGUGUGGACUAUAACUUUCUGACUGUGAAGGAAUUCUUGGACCUGGAGCAGAGUGGAACGCUUCUGGAAGUUGGCACCUAUGAAGGAAACUAUUAUGGGACACCCAAACCUCCCAGCCAGCCAGUCAGUGGGAAACUAAUCACGACGGAUGCCUUGCAAAGCCUUCAGUCUGGCUCCAAGCAGUCGACCCCGAAACGCACCAAGUCCUACAAUGAUAUGCAAAAUGCUGGCAUAGUCCAUGCGGAAAAUGAGGAGGAGGAUGACGUUCCUGAAAUGAAUAGCAGCUUCACAGCCGAUUCUGGUGACCAAGACGAGCACACACUCCAAGAAACAACACUACCACCUGUGAAUAGUAGCAUCAUCUCUACUCCCAUCACGGACCCUUCUCAGAAGUUCCCUCAAUACCUACCUCUUUCUGCAGAGGAUAAUUUAGGUCCUCUACCUGAAAACUGGGAGAUGGCCUAUACCGAAAAUGGAGAAGUCUAUUUUAUAGACCAUAACACAAAAACAACAUCUUGGUUAGACCCUCGGUGCCUGAAUAAGCAACAGAAACCCCUAGAAGAGUGUGAAGAUGAUGAAGGGGUACACACCGAGGAGCUGGACAGUGAACUAGAACUGCCUGCUGGUUGGGAAAAGAUUGAAGACCCUGUCUAUGGUAUCUACUAUGUAGACCACAUCAACAGGAAGACACAGUAUGAGAAUCCAGUUCUAGAAGCCAAACGGAAGAAGCAGCUAGAGCAGCAGCAGCAGCAACAACAGCCGCCACAGCAGCAGCAGCCUCUGGCUGAAGAAUGGACAGAAGAUCAUUCAUCCCUUGUGCCUCCUGUGAUUCCAAGCCACCCCCCGAGCAAUCCGGAGCCAGCCAGAGAAGCUCCACUUCAGGGCAAACCCUUUUUUACACGAAACCCUUCCGAAUUGAAAGGCAAAUUCAUCCACACGAAGCUGCGGAAAAGCAGUCGAGGAUUUGGCUUCACCGUGGUUGGAGGGGAUGAACCUGAUGAGUUUCUCCAAAUCAAGAGCUUGGUCCUCGAUGGUCCUGCUGCCUUGGAUGGCAAGAUGGAGACAGGGGACGUCAUUGUCAGCGUGAACGACACCUGUGUGUUGGGCCACACACAUGCACAAGUUGUGAAAAUCUUCCAGUCCAUUCCCAUUGGUGCCAGCGUGGACCUUGAACUCUGCCGAGGUUAUCCAUUGCCUUUUGACCCAGAUGACCCCAAUACAAGUUUAGUGACUUCGGUGGCCAUUUUGGAUAAAGAACCCAUUAUUGUGAAUGGGCAGGAGACCUAUGAUUCGCCAGCUAGUCACAGUAGUAAAACCGGCAAGGUCAACGACAUGAAGGAUGCCCGGCCAAGCAGCCCUGCUGAUGCGACUUCAAACAGUUCUCAAGGUUACCCCAAUGACACUGUCUCAUUGGCCUCCUCCAUAGCCACUCAGCCAGAACUCAUCACUGUUCAUAUCAUCAAAGGGCCAAUGGGCUUUGGUUUCACCAUCGCAGACAGUCCUGGUGGUGGUGGCCAAAGAGUGAAACAGAUUGUUGACAGUCCCAGGUGCCGUGGCCUGAAGGAAGGGGAUCUUAUUGUGGAGGUUAAUAAGAAGAACGUGCAGGCUCUAAGUCACAAUCAAGUGGUGGACAUGCUGAUCGAGUGUCCGAAGGGAAGUGAGGUCACACUCUUGGUGCAACGAGGAGGGUUGCCAGUUCCCAAGAAGAGCCCAAAGUCGCAACCACUGGAAAGGAAAGACAGCCAGAGUAGCUCACAGCACAGUGUUGCCAGCCACCGAAGCUUACACACAGCAUCCCCAAGCCACAGCACUCAGGUGCUCGCCGAGUACCCACCUGCGGAAGCCUCAGCUCCAGACCAAACCGACAGUUCUGCGCAGAAAAAACCAGAUCCUUUUAAAAUCUGGGCCCAGUCCAGGAGCAUGUAUGAAAACCGACCUAUGUCACCUUCGCCUGCAUCGGGAUUGAGCAAAGGUGAAAGAGAGAGAGAAAUCAAUUCCACGAGUUUUGGAGAAUGUCAGAUUCCAGAUUACCAGGAACAGGACAUCUUCCUCUGGAGAAAAGAAACCGGAUUUGGAUUUCGGAUUCUGGGUGGAAAUGAACCCGGGGAACCUAUUUAUAUUGGGCACAUUGUACCACUGGGGGCUGCUGAUACUGAUGGCCGCCUGAGGUCUGGAGAUGAGUUGAUCUGUGUGGAUGGAACACCAGUCAUUGGAAAAUCACACCAGCUCGUGGUCCAGCUUAUGCAACAGGCUGCCAAGCAAGGCCACGUCAAUCUCACAGUGAGGCGCAAAGUGGUGUUUGCCGUCCCCAAAGCAGAAAACGAGAUGCCCUCGCCAGCCUCAUCUCAUCACAGUAGUAACCAGCAGGCCUCACUGACAGAGGAGAAGCGCACCCCACAGGGCAGCCAGAACUCCCUCAACACCGUGAGCUCUGGCAGCGGCAGCACCAGUGGUAUUGGCAGCGGCGGGGGCGGGGGCAGCGGCGUGGUGAGCACCGUGGUGCAGCCCUACGACGUGGAGAUCAGGCGCGGUGAGAACGAGGGCUUUGGCUUCGUCAUCGUGUCCUCGGUGAGCCGGCCGGAAGCAGGCACGACCUUCGGCAAUGCAUGUGUGGCUAUGCCUCACAAAAUAGGUCGGAUUAUUGAGGGGAGCCCCGCUGACCGCUGUGGCAAGCUGAAAGUAGGAGACCGGAUCUUGGCAGUAAAUGGAUGUUCCAUCACCAACAAAUCCCAUUCAGACAUUGUCAACCUAAUCAAGGAAGCGGGAAACACAGUUACCCUCCGCAUCAUUCCUGGGGAUGAGUCCUCGAAUGCCACCUUGCUGACCAAUGCGGAGAAAAUAGCUACCAUCACCACUACACACACCCCUUCGCAGCAAGGGGCCCAGGAGACCAGGAAUACAACCAAACCAAAGCAGGACUCUCAGUUUGAGUUCAAAGCACCCCAGGCUACACAGGAGCAAGAUUUUUACACUGUGGAACUGGAAAGAGGAGCCAAAGGAUUUGGCUUUAGUCUUCGAGGGGGCCGGGAGUAUAACAUGGACCUGUAUGUUCUGCGCUUAGCAGAGGAUGGUCCGGCUGAAAGGUGUGGCAAGAUGAGGAUCGGUGAUGAAAUUUUAGAGAUCAAUGGUGAGACCACCAAAAAUAUGAAGCAUUCUCGGGCGAUAGAACUGAUUAAGAAUGGUGGCCGCAGAGUUCGCCUGUUUCUGAAGCGGGGAGACGGCUCAGUACCAGAAUAUGCGAUGAUACCUCCUAAUAUCGCUGCAUGUAUGAGAAAUGAAAAGCUCGGGGAGGCUUGCUUCUACCUUAUGGGCCAUAAUCAAACUACGACCCCAGCGGCGACCGGAACGGCGCCCCCUCCGGUGCACAAGGGGUUCCGCAAGUGAGGGCCAUGCCGCCCGACCGCUGGCCGCAUCCGUCAUUGGAGUCCAAUUACCCACCCGAUCUUCACAAAUCAUCACCCCAUGGGGAAAAGCGGGCCCACGCGAGAGACGCAAAAGGCAGCAGAGAGUAUAGCAGCAGACAGCCCAGCGAGCACCACACCUGGAACGGAACUUCUAGAAAACCCGACGGCGGCGGCGGCGGAGGCAGCGGCACCUGCCGCCCCAAGGACCGGGCCACCGACGGCCGGAGAGACGCGCAGCCCGAGCGCGCGGCAGUGGGGGCGGCGGCGGCCAAUGGACCCAAGAGGAGACCCCCGGAGAAGCGCAGGGAAGGCACCCGCAGCGCCGACAACACCCUGGAAAGGAGAGAGAAGCGCCGAGAUGAUGGGUCCCCGGAGCGCCGGCGGGAGCGCUCCCCGGCCCGCGGCAGGGACAGCUCGCCCAGCCGGCGGAGGAGGUCUCUGGAAAGGCUGUUGGACCAGAGGCGGUCUCCGGAGCGCAGGAGGGCCAACUCACCCGAGAGGAGAGCCAAGUCCACCGACCGGCGGCGGGCGCGCUCCCCGGAGCGCAGGCGGGAGCGGUCGCUGGACAGAAGGAGCAGAGAGGACAGAGGCGGCCUCCGCGAGAGGGACGAGGUGAGCGGGAAGCAGGAUGCGGGCAGGAGUUCCAGACAUCCCCCGGAGCAGCGAAGGCGACCCUACAAAGAAUGUAGCACCGACCUCAGUAUCUGAGGCCCUGGAUCCCAUUCCAACCUUUACUGUGUCAAAGGUUCUACGAGGCGGGUCGCGAACCUGAAAUCAGUGUCUUACCUAGCAAGCUUCUAACACCUGAUGAUCCUGCAAAGAGCAAUGAACAUUUUAUGCAUUUGAAAUCUUCUAAGAAAAAAAAAUAUAUAUCUGAAAAGUGUGUGCCUGAUGUAUAAUAUUAAAAGAAAGUAUUUUUAAAAUGCAUACCUUUUUUUUUUUUUUGGAAAUUAUUUUGCCAAAUGCUGGCCCAAAGGGAUAUAGUUUUGUUUCUACCUAAGCUGUAGAAUGAUCAAGAAUCAUUCCCUUUUGGGGAGCUGCCUUUUUCUCUCCUGGUGAAAUGGGGCUGUUGGUCAUUUUCUCUAAGGGAAAUUAAGUGUCAUUCAUUUGAUAUCGACUGUUAUGUAGUGAUGUAGCGUUAUACUGUAGUCGGGAGUUUUGCUUCAAAGCAUAGAACAAAAAGGCAAAGUUUUACUUGUGAAAGCUGAGGACCCUUGGGGAUAGCAUAGGAUUGCCCAGUGAUCCUGCAUUGACGCUAACAGUCUAAGGAGACUACUAUUGCAAAUGAAGGAUAUGUAUAGCUGAAAGACACAGCUCAAGAGAAUUUUAUGUUCUUGGAUUCUGAUUGGUUCAGAAAACAGUAGUUACACUUCCUGGUCCAGGAUGGCACAGGAGGAGAAGACAGGUUCCAUGGCACUUCCACAGCUGGUGAGAUUUCACUUGGGGCAGGGCCAGUCGUGGCUUUGGCCAGCUACCAGGAGCAGGCAGACACCUCUGUGUUGUCACAUUGGAGGCUGUUUGUCGAAUGAGGUGGGGGACGACAUGCCCAUAGGAGAGGGGCAGAACAAGCCCUCCUUUUAGCAGAGGAUGCCUGUGGUUACCUUGUGUGAAGACUGGGGAGGAAGGAAUGAGUGGUGGUGGAGGGGACAUCUCUGUUGAGACUUCAAGAAGUGAGGGUUGGGGGUGCGUUCUCAGAAAGGCCCAUUGCACACUGAAACCAUAAUCCAAGUGUCUGGGUUGAUGGAAUAGGAAGGAAGAACGGGAUCCAAGUGUUCUAGAUCACUCUGGAAAACAUCUGCCUUCAGGACCCUGUCUUUUGAGUCUUUGGGACAGCAGAACAAAAUGUUAACCAUCCUUUCAAAACAGAUCCAUUCUUUUUCAAUCUUGUGGGAGAGGUGGUUGGGUCUGGGAGAUGCGAUUGUGUCGGUGGUAGCCCCAGGGUGUGGUUAGAGUGGAUUACUGCUUAGCUGAGCCAAAACGUUUGCUUGUACCUGUUGGACCACUACAGCAAACCGCUGCUUUCAGUGCAUCGUGUAUUUCUGUAGUACUGUUUGCAUUUUCCGUACAGACACAAAACUUUGCAAGUCAAUCACUGUUGUUCCCAUGGUACUGUAAAAAAAAAAGUGAAAAAAAGAGAAAGCCAGCCAAUCAUAGUGUGCACAGACUUUAAAAUUGUAAUUAAUAGAGCCUGUUGAAAAAAAAAACAACUGUUGCCUUCUUUUCUUGUACAAAAGAGAGUUUAUGACAAAAAGUUUAGCUGUGAGGAAUGUGAUAUGUGUUUAUAUUUCUGAAUAUGGAACAAAUUGAUUCAUGGGGGUAUAUUUUAAUGUAAACUAAAUCAGGUAUGUAAAGUUGUUUUAAACUGGGAAACUAUAGAAGUAAUUCUCUAAAGCUUUAGUUGGUUUGAAUAUCAUCAGUUCCUCCACAGUGAGCCUGCUUGUGAAUUAUUAAGCACUUGUUUGCUGUCUCUGUUCAUUCAUUUAUUUCUUGCAGUGUGCUUUGGACUUAAUGCUGUUUCUGUGUUGAUGAAAAGCAGUAUGGGGGCCAAUCUUUUUAUAAACACUAUGCAUAUAAAAAUAUUACAUUGUUCAUAGCUUUAUUUGACACAUGGGUUUAUACACAACAUUAGAAUGAGUAGAUAUAGCUGUGUGGCCAUGUAUAAAACAAGUUCCUUUCCUGGAACAGACACAUUGUGGGUUCUGUGGCUUAAGAAGAAGGGAAAGGUUAUGAAGGCUGUUGUUGUUAUUAGAGUUUUCCAUACAGAGCACAUUAAGCUGUGGUAAGCAGGCUAAGGAAGAGACCAACUGAAUGAUGACAUUUCUCCUUCCUCAGUUUUCCUCAGAGCCAGAUUUGAGAUUUGAUUCAGAAGGUUCCAUUGGCUAGGAUUUUUCUUACUUGUUCUUGCAAAAUCCAUAAUGUUAAAUGACACAUGCUUUCAAUUGUGGUCCAGAGUUUUAAAUAAAUGAAGUCAAGGUGAAUUUCUGGAGUCCAUCCUGAAGUGAACCUCAUGAUGUCUGUCUGCUUGUAAGAGAUAAUAUUUGACAUUUUUCAAAAUCUUAUGUGCUACCCACCUGGGCUUGCCUGAGUCCAUGGGCAUUUGGUGUGAUGAUUUCAACUGAAUCCCACACACCAGAUUUGCUUUGGAAAUACUGUACUGUACAGGGACUAUGCAUUCAGCAGAAAGAUAGGGGUUUCUUUGAACUACUGUAACCUUGAAUUGAAAACCGAUUCUUGUGAGCCUACUUUCCCUAAUCCCCCACUUCAUGUCAAUGUUUUGAUGAAAGGUCAUGGAUGAAUAUUUUGUGUGAUUCAGUCCAACCAUUUAGGAGUUCCUCUCCUUCCAUUAUACAAUGGAUGCCUGAAAGAAUGUUGGGAGGAGGACUCAAUACCCUACUUGUAUUUUUUAAGUUUCUUUUGUGAAAGAUUUUGUAAUGCAUUUUUACUGUAAAAAAUACAUGGAAAUGUAUGCAUUCCAUAACCA